AUGGAUCGAAUUCCGCCCUCUUCAUCUUACCCCACGCCUGGGUCCGCUGGCCCUGUGCCCUCCGCCAUGGCCUCCGCAAGUCAUCUUGCUCCGCUCUCCACCGUGCACGAGGGUCGCAUUUGGUCCUUACAAGUAGUACAGCAGCCGGUUCGCGCCCGCAUGUGUGGCUUUGGUGACAAGGACCGACGUCCUAUUACGCCUCCUCCAUGCAUCCGUUUGAUUGUGCGCGAUGCCCAAACAGAAAAGGAAAUUGAUAUCAAUGAAAUUGAUACGUCCUUUUAUGUGCUCAUGGUCGACUUAUGGAAUGCGGAGGGAACGAGCGAAGUCAACCUGGUGAAGCAUUCGGCCACAUCUCCGUCGAUAUCUACUGCCAUGUCCUCCUCAUACCCGCCUCCGCUCCAAAACGUCUCCCCCUCGUAUCCUCCGUACGCACAAAAUGCCUAUGGCCAACCUGUUCCAUAUCCGCAUAUGAACAACUACUACCCAGGCAACCCGCAACUCCAAUACCAAAACCCUUAUGCUGCCAAUCCGCAAGCCCAAGGAUAUUAUCCUUACUACCAGGGAGGUCACAUGCCGCCCGCCGCCAUGUCUCCGUCGCAGCCUGUUGCCGCCGGUACAGGGGGCAUGUUCACGCGAAAUCUCAUCGGCAGUCUGAGCGCCAGCGCCUUCCGACUUACCGAUCCGGAGAACAAGAUUGGAGUCUGGUUCAUUCUCCAGGACUUGAGCGUACGGACAGAAGGAUCCUUCCGACUCAAAAUGAGUUUUGUGAACGUGGGCACCCAAUCCGGUGAAUCCCCUAAUGGUGUGUCGGUGAUCAACCACGGGUCAGCGCCUGUGUUGGCAUCUGUAUUUUCUGAGCCCUUCCAUGUAUUCUCCGCCAAGAAGUUCCCUGGCGUCAUCGAGAGCACGCCGCUCAGCAAAUGCUUUGCGCUCCAAGGUAUCAAGAUUCCUAUCCGAAAGGACGGCGUCAAGGGGUCGCGUGGGCGGCACAGUGACAACGAUGAUGGUGGGGACGACUACGACUAA